GAAUUACUCGUAUUGUUUUAAACUCUCGGUGUGUAACGGUGUAACGUAAAUAAUUUUUUAGUUUUCUGAUUAUGAUUACAACAAUUUCUCCAAAAGAAAUUACAAAUUACCUUCAAUUGACACAAGAAAUUUGAGCCAAAUUACUGCCUUCUUUUCCAAAGAAAACUUCAAGGCCUAAAGCAACUGUACUUUCAAUUUUCAACCCUGGUUAACAAAUUUGAGAAACAUCGAUGUUGGGAAAAUUCAAUUUACUGUUUAUCUAUUUACAAGUUUUGGUUCAAGGCUUUAUCCACAUGUUUAAUUGUAGGUUAAUUAUACCUAUUUGUUAAUAAUCAAAUAUAUAUGUAUAUAGAAUAUAAUAUAAAUUAAUGUUCAUUAAAUGCUCUCAAAAAUGAUGGUUUCUCAACCACAUGGUAGUAUCGUUAACAAAAAGAAUACAAAUUCCGCCAAUGAAUCCAAUGAAAAAAUUACACAAGAAAAGAAAGUAAUGAAAGUUGAUGAGAUGACAAAUAAUGCAUUGCGUGUACCAGGUUCUAAUUGGGAAAAAUUCAAAAGCCUUCUUGGAGAAUCGAAGGCUAAUAAGGAAUCGACAGAAUCUUCAAUUAAUAUAUCGCCUAGAAAACGUCAUCGUACGAAGAAAUUUAAUAACCGACAGGAUUUACAGAUUCCAAUGCAGUCGAAAGCGGCGAAGCAAAUAUUGAACGCGCCACAGAGCGAGGCUGUUCUAACGAAACAAAUUGCAAUGGACUGUGAAAUGGUGGGAAUUGGCAAUGGUACGGAGAAUAUGGUUGCACGUGUCUCAUUAGUAAAUAAAUAUGGAAUUUGUAUAUAUGAUAAGUAUGUGAAACCAACGGAGACAAUUCAAGAUUAUCGCUCGGCGGUUAGUGGAAUAUAUCCGCAUCAUUUGACAAACGCCGAGGAAUUUAAAAUUGUACAAAAUGAAGUGGCGGAAAUGUUGAAAGGUCGCUUUUUAAUUGGCCACGCGAUCAAACAUGAUCUUGAAGUUCUCUAUUUAUCGCAUCCGAGAUGGCGUAUUCGUGACACUUCUCGUUAUAAGCCCUUUAGAAAAGUUGUUAAUGGAAAUACGCCGAGUCUAAAGAAACUUGCUUCCGAAUUAUUGGGCAUUGAAAUACAAACCGGUGAGCAUAAUUCGGUCGAGGACGCUAGAUCUGCAAUGCAAUUGUAUAUGCUCUAUAGGAAAAAAUGGGAAAUGGAAGUUCGUUCCAAGAGAUGAUGGAGUCCACCAGGUAGUGGUAAAAUUACAAAAAAAAAGAAAAAAGAAACUGCAUUUUUCGAGUAAAUUAAAUUCUUUGUUCUAUUCUUGUUGAUCUAGACUCGAGAUCCUUCGUCUCAGGGAAAUCACAUUUUUUUGUAUUUAAUUGUUACUUUUUUUUCUUUCGUUGUUCAAGUUUCAAUUCUGACAAAAUUGUCAAUUUUCUCUUCUGGUACGUGUUUGAAUGAAAGUUUGUAACAAAUUAUUAGUUAAUUUAGAAUUAAAUACUUAAAAAAUUAUAUUUAUUCAAGAGUGGAAAAGAAUUUGUUGAGGAAUAUGAAAUAUUGUUUAAAAUAUUAUUCGAGUGAUUUAGAAAGAAGAGUGAAUUUAUUGUAUCGCAGGUGUGGAAAAUGCCUUUAUUUUUCAUAUGUGAAUAAAAAAAAGACUGUUUGAUAGAA